GCUCGCGGAGACGCAUCUGCAGUCUAGGUCAACGCAAGGCAGGAUCACGUAUAAAGGGAUAUAAACAAAAAACUACCAGGAUUUUUUAAAACUCUGGAUUACUUGAAAAUGGCUGAAUUGUCUAUGCGUUAUUUGUAACACUUUUAAAGCUCAGGCUGGAUUGGAUAUAUUUGGAUAGAAAACUCCACAAUAUGAACUUCGGUCGCCGAUAAAGGAACCAAGCAAAAUAACUACUUCUAUCAAGAACAUCGCGCGUAUUAUUUCCGAAUCUUCCGCAUACAUAAUGGUAGGCUUAAGUUUACCACUUGAUAUUCAUAAGUAGUAGACAUUUUUUAUUUUGUUGCGCUCAAGCUUUUCUCCGGUGCCUGUUGACGAGGUGAUAUCUGUGGAUACUGGAGAAGCAGCUGGCGGGCUACCUGAUCUCUUCACGCACAAAAGCAAGACACGAGCUAAUGACACUCAAGCUUGUCGUGCUCCCCAUUACGCUUUCUGACAGAGUUGUGAGUUUUCUGACCACGGUUCCGAAAUGUUUCUUCUGUGUGCGUUAGUCUAUUUCAGGUGCCUUUUUUGACGCAUGAUUAGCCUAACUUAUUACGCAUUAGGCCUACUGAAGUUCUGAUGUUAGGCUGUUAUUAAACUGCAAAGCUGUUGAAUAUGUCCUAUAGUUUGUGUUUGAAAUUAUAACAUUGAACUUAAGUUGUUUAUUUCAUUGCUCGAGGCUGCGUUGUUAAAAACUGUUGGAAUUCAGCCGGUUGGCUAAGCCAGACCCAGGCUCAGACCUAGCCAAUAUGACUAUUAGUGGAGUGGACGUCCUGCAGGAAUCGCUAUGCCACGCUCCGUUUUAAAGGAGCAUAACCCCGCAUUGUCAGCCCCUAAUGCCCAAAUGUCUCCCCGCUCCAGUGUUGCUGCGUGACCCAGUCACAUGUCUAGAAUGAGCACGGAUCUAGAGCGUAUGUCGCUCAACUCCUCCUCCGCCAACUCGGUGGCCUCGAGUGCCCGCACGCUGUCAGCCAACGUCAAGAAGCUGCACAACGCGCUCAACCUGCUGCUCAACGAACUGGAGCGGGAGCAGUUCAUCCACUGUCUCAACGUGUACCACUCCAAGCGGAACGUCUACGACCUGGUUCAAACACUUAAGGUCAUCCUCAAUGCGCCCAGCAAACGCCAACUUCUGCCCAUGCUACGACAGGUCAUUCCCCGCUCAGACCAGCUUUUGUUUGACCAGCACACCUCGGAGGGCCUCUACUUGAAAUCGGAUUUGCUUGCCAGAAAUGGGAGCGCCGAAGCGUUGGGCGAAGUUCCCAGUGGGAGUCCAACUCCUCCUGGGCAUUUCUUGCCAACCCCUCCCGGAUCUCAAGUUGCCAUGCGCGGCUCUCCGGAUAGUUUCAGCACCAGCAGUGAUGGGACAGCUCCCCUCGUCCCGCUGCUCGGGAGAGGCUUUCUGCACGAGCCUCCAGGAGAGGUUCGACAAGUGACCCUGAAACGGCACAAGAGCAACGAGGGCUUGGGUUUCAGUAUCCGCGGAGGAUCGGAGCACGGGGUCGGGAUCUAUGUGUCUCUGGUGGAGCCGGGAUCCCUUGCCGAAAAGGAGGGACUAAGGAUUGGGGAUCAGAUUAUGAAAGUCAACAACACAGUGUUCGAUAAAGUCACUCAUGCUGAAGCAGUGAAGGUGUUGAAGGGCAGUAAGAAGCUGUCCCUGUGGGUGAGGUCGGUGGGGCGUAUUCCUGGGGGUUAUGUCACUAAUCAUGUGUACACCUGGGUGGACCCUCAGGGUCGCAGUGUGACCCCUCCCCCUGACCUCCCAGAGCACCGCAGUGCCACCCUGAGACGCAACGACAGCCAGCGACGCAGCAACAUGCAGCUACUGCAGGAGGGAGAUGAGAAGAAGGUGAACUUGGUAUUGGACGAUGGCCGUUCGCUGGGUCUGAUGAUCCGGGGUGGGGCAGAGUAUGCCUUGGGGAUCUACAUCACAGGAGUGGACCGGGGCUCUGCUGCAGAGUGUGGAGGACUCAAGGUCGGCGACCAGAUCCUGGAGGUGAACGGGCGCAGCUUCCUGGGCAUCCCACACGACGAGGCGGUGCGCAUGCUCAAGUCGUCGCGCCACCUGAUGAUGACGGUGAAGGAUGUGGGGCGCCUGCCGCACGCCAGGACGGUGGUGGGGGAGACCAAGUGGAUCACUAGCUCCCAGAUAGCAGAGAGCUCCGCCAGUGGCAGCGUGGCUAGCUUGUCCAUGGACCAAGGAGCCUCAUCAGGAAAGCCGGUGUUCUAUAAGGGCGUGGUGGGCUCCCAGGUGACCCUGUCCAGCCUGGUGAACCAGAGCAGAGCCAUGCUGGAGGAGCAGGCCCGCCACCUGCUGACGGAGACAGAGAGGCAGACCAUGGGCUACUACGUGGAGGAGUACCGGGACGGACACAUAGGGGUGGAGCAGCUGGUCAUGGCCCUGUUUGAACUGCUCAACACACACGCCAAGUUCUCCCUACUAUCAGAGGUGCGUGGCCUGGUGACACCCCAGGAUCUGGAGCGUUUCGAUGGGAUGGUGCUGCGCCGCGAGAUCCAGGCUUUGAAGGCCCGGCAGGGGGGUGCCAGUGCGGCCGCCCUCCACCCUGACUCCCUCUCCAUGGUUUCCUACCCAGAUACCCUGGCCUCCUCGUCAGCCAGCUACAUGACCUCCACCACCCUCAGCUCAGCACGGAAUGACAGUACGGUGGAGAGUAAUGGGGGGGAUACUCAGGAGAGUCUGGAUGGGCUGCCUGACAUAUCUCUGGAUGAGGUGCACUCCACGUCCGAAUCUCCCCCCACCUUCAAACCCCCACCCCCCCCAGGGGUGCAGAGACGCCCCAGCAGACGGGACCAGGUCAAAAAGCUUCCCUCCUCCGAAUCCUCCCAUUCCGGGCUCUACUUCACCGCCCCCUCCCGUAACCCUCCCAUUGACCAGAGGGGGGAGCAAGGACACCCCUCCUCACCCAAGGUCCCCUCCAAAAAGGAUCCCUCAGUCCCCCCUAAGAGGGACCCCUCUGCCCCUACUAAGAAGGAGAUGGCAACUGCCCAGCUCUCCAUGGUCAACAAGCACCCUAUCGGCCCCUUCCCCCGAGUCCAGUCCCCUACUAGGACCACCAAGCCUGCCGCCCCCUCUCCAUCUCCACCCCCUCCGCCACCGCUCACUGCCCCAUCCGCACCCCCUCCGCUUCCCCACAGCCAGGACAAGUCCUCCCCUGGCUCCAACAAACAGCACUUUGUCAUGGUGGAGGUCCAUAGGCCCAAUGCAGAGUCUGAUGUCAACGAGGUGCGGUCACUCCCCCAGGCACGAGGUGCCAACCUGUCCCAGCUGUCAGACAGUGGACAGACGCUGAGCGAGGACAGCGGGGUGGACAUUGGCGAGUCAGGGCGUUUCAGCAAGGAAAGCAGUCCCCGUCCCGCCCGCAUACGCCCCCCACGACAUCCCCAGGGGGCAGGAGGGGACACCCCCUCCAAACCGCCGGGUCUCUUGGAGCCCACCUCCACACUUGUGAGGGUAGCAAAGAGUGCCAGCACCCUCGGCAUCGCCAUCGAAGGGGGUGCCAACACACGCCAGCCCCUGCCACGCAUCGUCACCAUACAGAGGGGCGGUUCGGCGCAUAACUGCGGGCAGCUGCGGGUGGGUCAGGUGAUCCUGGAGGUGAACGGGGUUUCCCUGAGGGGCCGGGAGCACAGGGACGCCGCACGCCUCAUCGCAGAGGCCUUCAAGACCAACGAGAGGGACCACGUGGACUUCCUGGUCACUGAGUUCAACGUGGCGCUAUAGGAGGAAGUAGAGGAGGUAGAGAGAGAGAGACUUGUCAUGGAGAAAGAAGGGAGGAGGUAUAGGCACAGCAGAGGUAGAGAGGAGAGGGGGGGCUUUUGGGCAAAGUGGCAUAGGCCUACAUCUCCACCUUAGUAUCCUUCAGUUUAAUUCAAGCUUAAGCCCCACAACUAGACGGAUACA